AUGACGUCGCCUGGGUAUAAAAAAGGGAAGAGGUUCAGAUGGAUUAUACUCCGAGCAGCCCUCUGGGUUGAGAUCAGUAAACAGGCGAGAGUUGAGGGGGGAAAGUUCCAGGGGUGGAUCCUGCGCGCACGCACACACACCGCACACGCGCGCACAGACACACACGCACACUCUGCCCGCAAGCUGCCCUCGGAAAAGGCUCCGUUCUUUUCGCUCCGAUCCCUUUUUAAAAUUUAUCCGAAAAGUUUCGAUUUCGUGUCCUUCCAGCCUCUCCCCCCCUCCCCAGCCACCACCUACCCUCCCUCCCGCCCUCCUCCCUCCCUCCCCCGGCCGGUCCCCGCCGCCCUGCCCCGCACGGUUUGGGGCAUGCCUGUGAGCAUGUUCAGCAUCGACAAUAUCCUGGCGGCCAGACCUCGCUGCAAGGACUCGGUGCUGCUGCCCCCGAGCGCCGCGCCCGUCGUCUUCCCCAGCCUCCACGGGGACUCGCUCUACGGCAGCGCCUCCGACUACGGCGGAUUUUACUCCCGGGCGGUGGCUCCCGCCUCCGCGCUGCCGCCGGCCGUCACUGGAUCUCGGCUCGGCUACAACAACUACUACUACGGGCAGCUGCAUGUGCCGGCGUCCCCCGUGGGCCCUUCGUGCUGCGGGGCCGUGCCGCCCCUGGGCGCCCAGCAGUGCUCCUGCGUUCCCCCCGCAGGUUACGAGGGCACUGGGUCAGUCCUGAUGUCCCCUGUUCCCCAUCAGAUGUUGCCCUACAUGAACGUGGGCACUUUGUCCCGGACGGAGCUGCAGUUACUGAACCAGCUGCACUGCAGGCGAAAAAGACGGCACCGGACUAUCUUCACUGACGAGCAGCUGGAAGCGCUGGAAAACCUCUUCCAGGAAACGAAAUACCCAGACGUGGGCACCAGGGAACAGCUGGCCAGAAGGGUGCACUUAAGAGAGGAAAAAGUGGAGGUUUGGUUCAAAAACCGCCGGGCGAAGUGGAGGAGGCAAAAGCGAUCGUCUUCGGAGGAAUCAGAAAACGCACAAAAGUGGAAUAAAGCGUCUAAAACGUCACCGGAGAAGAGACAAGAGGACGGGAAAAGUGACUUGGACUCUGACAGCUGAUACUUCUAAGCGGGGGGGACAUUUCCCGUGGACUGUCGGAUACGCUCCCGAGGAUGCUACUAAUCUUGCACAAGAUCUGCCUUGUUGGAGGGGGAAAAUAUCUGUAUAUAAUGUACAAUGCCCCGAGUGAUUCCGUGUAAAUAAAAUGUGUUGCGGAGGUGUUGCACAGGUA